UCUCUCAACUAACAAUGGCGUCCAGGUUCCUUCUCGCGCUCUCUCUCAGCCUCCUAGUCUCCGCUGCGGUCGGAGAAGCGAUGAGCCAGCAGCGCAUUCGCCUGAGCCGCCCUCAGCAAUGCCGCAUCCAGAGCAUCUCCGCCGUGCAGCCUCGCAACCAGAUCCAGUCCGAGGGCGGCCUCACCGAGCUGUGGGACGAGAAGGAGGCGCAGUUCCAAUGCGCCGGCGUCGCUGCCAUGAGGAACACUCUCCGCCCCAACGCCCUCUCCUUGCCCAACUACCACCCUAACCCCCGCCUCGUUUACAUCGAAAAGGGUGAGGGAUACAUCAGUGUUAUCUUCCCUGGCUGUGCCGAGACAUACCAAGCCCGCGGCGGCGAACACCUAUCAUCGGAGCAAGGGGAGAAGAGAGACUUGCACCAGAAGGUGCAUCGCAUCCGCCGCGGUGACGUCAUCGCCCUCCCGCCUGGCGCAGUCCACUGGUGCCACAACGACGGCAGCGAGGACUUGAUUGCCAUCUCUGUCAACGAUCUCAACCACCAAAGCAACCAGCUCGACCAUAAAUUCAGAUCGUUCUACUUGGCUGGUUCAGAACCACAAGCAAGCAAGAGCGAGAAGACAUUCCACAACAUAUUCCAAGCGUUCGACGCGGAGCUGAUGGCAGAGGCCUUCAACGUCUCCCCUGACUUGAUCAGGCGGAUGCAGGCGACCGAGGAAGAGAGAGGGUUGAGCGUGAUGGCUCGCGAGAGCAUGAGAUACAUCCGCCCUGACGAAGACGUCAGAAAAUCCUCUAAGCCUUACCACCACAACAAUGGAUUCGAAGAAACUUUCUGCACAAUGAAGAUCCGCACAAACAUCGAAAACCAAAGAGACGCCGACAUCUACUCUAGGGAGGCCGGAAAGCUCAACGUCGUGGACAUGCACAAGCUCCCCAUCCUCAGCUACAUGGACAUGAGCGCUGAGAAAGGCACUCUCUUCCCGAACUCGAUGUUGAGCCCACACUGGGCGAUGGAUGGCCACACGAUCGUGUACGUGACCAAGGGUGAGGCCAAGGUUGAGGUGGUGGACCACAGCGGCCAGACCAUGAUGAACGACCGGGUGAGCCAGGGAGACAUGUUGGUGGUGCCUCAGUUCUAUACAUCGACUGCGAGGGCAGGGAACGAGGGAUUCGAGUGGGUGGCCUUCAAGACCAGCGGAUACCCAAUGCGCAAUGACAUGGCCGGCUACACCUCAGCCCUCAGGGCAAUGCCGCUGCAAGUUCUCACCAACGCCUACCAAAUGUCGCCCGCCGAGGCUCAAUCCAUCAAGAUCAACCGUGGCGCACAAACCUUCUUGCUCUCUCCCGCCAGCCACAGCCACUAAUACUGCUCCUACAUUUGUUUUCUAGACCAACAAGAAAAACCCUAGUUUUUCAGGGCUCAAUGUAAUAAUCUAAGCUUCCAUGGUUGAGUCAACUCCUAAUAAUAAGAUCGGCUUUGGUUUCA